AUGUCUGACGAAGACAGCGAAAUGGAAAGUAGCGAAGAUGUGACUACUGAGAUGAUGUUUAUCGCUGAAAGAGUCAAAGCAUUUCCGGAGAUACUCGAGAAAUCUCAAGUUCCAGCAAUAAAAAGGAAGAAAACUGCUGCAUUAACGCAAAUUGUUAAGGAAUAUGUGACUCUGUUUGGUAAGGGAAUGGAAAUUAAAGCUUUCAUGAAAAAAGUAAACAAUAUGAAAACAAGAUUAAAAAACAAAACAGAUAGAAAUAAAACUGGGAACAAGCCCAUUCGACUUCUUUCCUGGGAGAGAAUAAUGUUAAAGGCCAUGCAUGCAGACAUAAACCCUGUUUUAAGUCAGGUCCCAGGAGCUUUUGCAAUCGGUGUACCAACUCAGCCUCCCUUACCCACUUUAAGGAAUGACAUUAUGACGGAAAAGAUUGUCCCAAACAAAUUGUCUCCGAAGCCUAGAGAUGUUUGUGGAAAACCAGAAGAAUCUGAUGAGACGAAACAGUUAACGACUGCCCAGCUUCAACGAUUAGUUUUUGUUGAGCAACUGAAAGUUGCUCGUCUCCAACAACAAUAUUUUUCGGCCAAGCUACAGCAAUUGGACGAGACAUACAACAAAUAA